AGACACGCAUUGAAAGUUAUACAAACGGUUGCUCGCUCUACAGCAGCUGUACACUGUGUGGGGAUUGUCAAAGUGUGAUAAAACUGCUUUGAAGACAGUUAAAAAGGUCCCUCGUGCAGAAUAGUUAUUAAGUAUUACAGUGACGCUCUUCUUUUACUUUUUUCUUUUUCAUUACAAAACCGCAGGUGCGCCGUUCCCUAAAAUUACAGGCUUCAGCUUCUGCACUGGAAAGUAGGCUACAUGGUCCUUAUCGGUGUUCAAGUCAUAAUGUAGGUUUGAUAAAGAGAGUCUGGGUUGGACUGUUUGACUAACAAAAGAGCACAGCCUUGUCGAGACAUUGCGUAAGUGUUUAUGUAAGCCCUUUAGGUGACCUGUGGACGCCCACAGAGAGCUCUCAGCACUCUGACAGAUAUUGUUGUUCAGGACGAACAUGGCCGACCGAGCAGAAGCAAAGAUUGUUAUUAUAGGAUGCGGGAUUUCAGGGAUAUCAGCUGCACACAGACUCGUUAACGCCGGUUUCCAAAAUGUUCGGAUACUCGAGGCUACUUCGAGGAGCGGUGGACGGAUCAAGACUGCUAAACUGGGUGAGAUCCUGUCCGGGUCUUUACUUUCACUUUCAGACGAACUCUCAUCUCUGUCUUUGUGUGAGGGAGAAGUAAAACCUUUGGUAACUUUUCCUUUUCCUGGUUUUAAUCAUUACAGGUAGCAAUAUCGCAGAUAUUGGUGCAAGUUAUAUUCAUGGUCCAUCAGAGGAAAACCCACUAUUUUGCCUGGCACGGGAGUAUGGUCUUCUGGACCCAGAAGCCACAAGUCCAGAAAACCAGGCUAUGGACAUUGAUGAGCGACCACCCUGGGUCCCCAAUUUUUUCAGCAGCUCAGGUUAGUGACACUAUUUUAUCACCCUUUUACAGUAAACACAAUAACAACCUCAGAUAAGGUUAGAGGCAACAGUAAGAGGAAAAAAACAUGAAUAAAAUAUGAAAACUAUCAUGUAAGUGUGUAAAAUAUAAGAUCAACUAUUUGGGGCUUUAAUAUAAAUGAUCAGAGAAAUAUCUUCAUCAAUAAUCUGAUCAUAUGAAAAUUUGUGGCCCUAAGUCUAACUGGGAUUUGCUCAUGUAUGAAUGUAAAGGAUCAUUUCUUACUGGCUUAGCGGAUAAGUAGGGGAAAGUGGGGUAAGAUGAGCUGUUUUUAAUAUUAUGGAUCACCAGUUUUUUUUUGUCUCUAACUAGUGAAUCUGCAGAUAUUUCAGGAUGUUGUUCAUCCCUGUAAACCAACAGAAUGAGUGUAAACAGAACUGUAAUCUUGAUAAUAUAGCGGGACAAAAAAAAAGUGGUCUCCUAGCGGGGUGAGUUGAGCCGUAUCCCUCAUGUUGUAGCUCGUAGAUACCACAAUUGAUUUAUAAAACACAUUUAAAAUGAUCUUUUUUGGUCUAAAACAAUUCUAAUAAAACUUAUAUCAGACUAAAUUCACUUUACAGAGAUAAAAAUGUUGUUUUUUUUUUAAAUAAAUGCCUAACCCCUUCACCCAUGUGCUUCUAACCUUCACAGACUCCAUGAAUUGAUGCCCAUCUCCUAAAUAUUUGGUCACAUGAUCAAUUUCUUUUACCAUUUCCAAGCAACAGGGGGUGGGUUAAUUUACCCUUUGGCUCAAUUUACCCCACUCUCCCCUACUUGUAAUGAUAAAGAAAUCAUAUGUGUGAUAAUUAUCCCCAGAAACAAGUCUUAUGUUGAAUAGUAUCCUGCCACCCCUCUCUGUAGUUUAUCCCCACAAAGUAGAGACACUGCUUUAGCAAAUGACAACUGAAAAAAAAAGACUCAAUACUUAGAUGAAAAAUGGGUAAAUAGCAGAUGUACACAUUUCUAAUUAAGUUGUUACAUUGUGUACUUUGAGAGUACAUCACAACUACAACCCACGUGUGAUUUAGAGUAUGAAGUUAAUUUAGUCUUUACUGGGAAGUUAGUACAUGGGGGAGAGGCCGAAACUGAACUUUAUCAGCAGUUCACAUGUUUACAAAAUCAACCAAGCGUCAGAAUAUGACGACUUCAUGGUGUUUGUGGUAAAUGGUCACAUUUUUAAACACUGGGAAACAAAAAUGAGUCAUGGUGGUGCAAGUUUAACAUCACAUGUCUAACCAUUCGAAGUUUAUGUGUAUGAUGCUGUUUUUAAUAAUGUAACUUCGUCAUUUAUAAGUGGACUUGAGUUUAUUUUCGUUUGUAGUUUUCUUUCCAAACACACAAUGAGUGUCUGACUGAACAGAGAGAAUAACCUAAUCUGGGGCAAACUCUUAUGGAGUAAUGUUUGCUGAAUUGAAAAUACUUUGAUUAUUUGACACUUGAGUGUAUAUGUGUACGAUCACUCCAGCUGUUAAGAGUUACAACAAUAAACUGCUAAAUGACUUAAAAUCUUAAUUUUUGUUGUAUUUGCAGGUCAGAAGCUGAGUACCGAAGAAAUGAGUCCAGCUCUGGAUUUAUUUAACGAGCUAAUGGAUGAUACUUCGAAAUUUCAGAAUCUUAGAGAAAAGCCUUGGCUGAGUGUGGGACAUUUCCUGCAGUCAGAGGUAGAUUCUCUUUCUUUAUAAUGGCUUGGUAAGAUUUGAAACUUUCUCAAAUGAAAACCUGUUAAAGGAAAUGUUGAUUGUUGUUUUCAUGUGCAGGCCCAUAAACGAGCAACAGAGAGGUGGAGAGAAAAAGAUAAGAACACCCAGGAGCAGCUGCUGUGUGCCAUCAGUGCCAUGUUGAAAGGAGAGUGCUGUAGCAGUGCAACUCACACCAUGGAGAAUAUCGACCUGGUGGGAUUUUGUAUGUACAAGAAUCUGUCGGGACUGGACUGCACGUUCCCAGGGUUUGUAUUUUCUCUCAUAAACAUAUAAACAUAAAAACAGAAAUAAAUGUCAAUCCCUUCUUGUGUGUCUCUUACUUUGUCUGGAAAAGCUGGUGCAGUUUUGUUAUCGGACUGAAAAUGUAAAAUCAUGAGAAAAAGUCUUUCAUACGGUAUUUAGUUUGUGUAGAAAACCUCGGUGAAUCAUUGCACAGUUCAUAUGCAAAAGGUCCAGUUCCAUCUGAAGUUGUUCAUGUUGAAUUCAGAGAAAGACUUAUUUUUGAGAAAAUAUCCCCCUACAUUUCUCUGAAAUCAACCCCUUUUCACCCAAGAACUCCCUCUGUGUUAGAUUCUCAAAAGUUCACUAAGCAGUGAUCUAGAAAUGAUGUUUCACACAUCUACUCAUCACCAUCCUGCUGCGUCAUCAGUGACAGGUGAUGAGUAACACAGCUUAAAUUUUACAGUCUCUUGUAAUGUAAAUCUGAAACUGAAAGACAGUGUUGAAGUUCACACACUCAGACCUUUUACCAUUAUACAAAGAAAGACAGUUAAAGUAAUCCUGAAGUUUUGUGAAACAGUGACCUUCACAGAAGUGAAACAGGCUGUGGAGCUUCAGUGUCAUCCCCUCACCUCAGACUGUGGUAAAAUAACAGACUCAGCAUCUAUUUCACAGUGAUGGUUGUGGUUUUCACUGAAUUUUUCAUGCUCUCUGUGAAUUGAUUCACCUCAGAAGCUUAGAGUGAUAAACCUUUCACCAAUGUCCAUCAGGUGAUGAUACUUGUGCAGCAAGGUGACUUUUAUCUCUUCUGUUUCUUUUUCUUGCAGUGGUUUUGAAGGCCUGAUAAAGAACCUGAUGGUGGACCUCCCCGCAGGUUUAGUGACAUAUAACCGACCUGUACGCUGUGUCCACUGGAACAACACAGAGAACGGAGUGAACACAGUGGCAGUGGAGUGUGAUGAUGGGGAGAGGAUCACCGCUGAUCAUGUUAUCGUCACAGUGCCUUUAGGUAGGCUACUCCACACAAGUCAUACCAUUGUUUGUAAAAUAGAUGCUAACUGCUGUGGUACAUGAAGUAUCUGUCUCAAAAAUGUUUUAAAAAAGUACCCUCAUAUCAACAACCUGAACUUUUCUCUUUUCCAGGAUACCUAAAGAAGCAUCAUUCAACCUUGUUCAGUCCUCCUCUCCCGCCACACAAGCUGCACUCUGUCCACAGGCUGGGAUUCGGAACAUGCAACAAAAUAUACGUGGAGUUUGAGUCUCGGUGGUGGGACGCUGACUGUGAGGUCAUCUACCUGGUGUGGAACGAUGAGGUUUGUAGAACAGAAUGAAAUCACUGUAAACAGUAACAAACAUGAGGCUAAAUGAUAGUGAGCAUGACAGAAAAGGUCUGUGGUGAGUUUCAAAGUUACACCCUCAGGUUUGAAGCCUAAUUGUUGCUUUUCCUACUAUCCUAAUAAACAUAUCUUUGGACUUUCCUGCCUCUGUUACCUGCAGAGAUCAGGUUUCGUGUACAAAAUUGACAAGGCAAGUACCUUGUUUAAGUGAUGUCCUGAUUAAAGUGUAGUCUUUGAAAUGCAUAAAACAUGUUGUUCUGCCUAUUUUUCACCUGCAAAGAACUUGAGAGUCACUUAUUAACAGUAGCAUAUCAUCAAAAAUGACAAAGUCUGACCUUGUAUCCACAUCUACACACACUGAUUGCAUGUUUUACUCGCUGUCUCUCCAGGGGGACAUUGUGGAUCAGGUGUCGGAUAUAAAAACAUCCUGGAUAAGGAAGAUGUCAACGUUUACUGUGCAAAAACAACCUAAAGGGGCCGCAACAUUUAAAACAUCGGGCCACGUUCUGUGUGGAUGGAUUGCAGGACAUGAGGCAGAGCAUAUGGAGACGCUAACGGAGCAGCAACUCAAACAAUCCCUCACAGCGCUUUUCCGCACAUUCACAGGUGAGAGACUCUCCCACACUGUGGCUGUGAAUGGAUGAAAUUUGGUUCAGUCCCCUUCAUUGUAACUCUGUGUCUGUAGGAGAUCAGUCAGUAAUGCCAAAGAGAAUCCUGCGCACCCAGUGGUUCAGCGACCCCUGGACAUGUGGAUCAUACUGUCACCCAGCGAUCGGCUGCUCAGCUAAAGACCUAGAGAACAUGAUGGAGCCUUUACCUACGAGGGAGUCACAGUCACAGGUACACACAGCAACACACAAGCGCAUAUAAACUCUUAAAAUAUGACCCUGAUAUAAACUUUCGGCCUCUUUCAGCCCCUGCAGGUGUUGUUCGCAGGAGAAGCGACUCACCCUUUCUUCUACUCCACUGUCCAUGGAGCUCUUAUUACGGGCUGGAGGGAAGCCGAUCGACUCAUCAAUCAUUACUCCUCCUUCAGUUCACGUAGUCAGCCACAGAGAAAAAGGACUAACAGAAAGAGAUAAAAAAAUAUUUCAGAGUUUUUUGUGGCACCUUUACUAGAAUCAGUUUGCACAUUUUUUAAAUGAUCUGUUUUCAUUUUUGAUCCCUCUCUACAAUGUCUUAUUUUUUGCCGUUAAUUAUGAAUAGCACUAGUAAUAAGGAAAAGGACAUAAAGGAAACUGACACUACAUUCUCCCUGUUUAACAUGUUACAGGACAAUAACAAUGUGAGAUUUCACACAGAGUCAAACAAUAACAUCACUGUAAGGAUCUCUUGUAUCUUGUGAGUGAAAAGCAGCUGUGGCUAGAGAUUAGUGUAUGUUGUGUAUGCUGGACUGCUUUAAUUAAAAAAAAAACAUUUCCCAGAUCUUGGAGCUGCAACUGUUUGUUCCAGAGAGUACCACCAUCGUGACUAAAUGCACCUUUAGCCUGGCUACAACCAGGACCUAUUAUCAUAACCAAGAAGUAAAUGAUCUGUGUGCUUUAGUCAUCACAUGUCGACCUGAAACUCCAACUGUCACACAACAUGAACACCUCUGGGAAAAAUUCAGAGUACAAUAGGUCAGUAUGUAUGAGUGAGUACAUGUAGUACUUGUACUUUGUCAACUGUUCUCCUUCAGACAGGAAGUCCCACCCAGUCAAACCUGUCCACUUCAGCUCAUCGCCCUGACUAAUUUCUAUCAGUUUAGAAUAUUUGACUCAAAUAUAAAAUGUCCCAUAUCAAAUGAUAAAUGUUUGGUUAUUUAGCCAGAGGUGAAAAAAAAUCUAAAAACAACUGUCAUUGUACCAGAUGAAUACCCACAAGAAGGGCCUUAGUGACAAAAAAUGGAGAAUAGUAAUUUAUUGAGUGAAAAGUCAUUACAAAUUGACCCAUUUAUUUAGCUUAUCAUGGCAAACUUGAAGGAUGUGUUGAAUAAGCAGCAGGCAAAUGCAUUUGUUAUACCCUCUAAGUGUAAGGUUUGGGUGUUCAUGUGGACACUGCUUGAAAUUGCACAUGAUGUGUUGUGUCAUUUGAAACUGCAAGUCAUCGACACAGUGAUUCCUGCCAGAAUAACUCCAUUAAAAUUACCACAAUAAGUC